AUGGCCGUUAUGAUGAUGAUGAUGCGCCGUGUGUCGUGUAUUUUGGUUCUUUUAUUUUGCUUUUCCUGCAGUCUAGUGUUGGCUGGUGAUCUUGUUUCUGAAGAGAGCGUUGACCUCCCACUGGGUGGUAGUGCUGCUAAAGGAGGUGGUCAACCCGGUGUUCCACUUGAGGAAACACAAGCAGAAUUACAGAGACCGGGUUUACAAGAAACAACUGGUGCUCCUACACAUAGAGAUGAUAAAGAAGAGACGGAGGAUAUAGUUGAUAGUCAUGAAUUAGGAACAAUGGCUGAAGAAGCAACUCCUCUGGGUGGUGAAGGUCAACAUAAUCUUCAAACUGAUCAUCAAGCACCCCAUUUAGGAGGAGAUAAUCUCCCUUCUUCUCAACUUCUAUCUUCUACCUCAGUGCUAACUGGAGAAAAUAACCGGUCGGAUGCCUCUGCUUUAUCUUCCUCCUCUUCUUCAACAGUUUCAGUAGGCAGAGUUGAACUUGAGAAUGCAGAGAAAGUGGAAAAGGUAGAGAGCCCGCCAAACAAGGAAACGAAAGCAAACAGUGAAUCGACAGAUAACGAUAGCGUCCACGAACCACCUGCCAAUCAAAUAAAUACAGUGAACUCUGACAGUACACACAUCUCCCAAAACACGGAUCAGGAACAGUCACCUGAAACCUCACAGAGUUCUCAGGUGCAGAAUGGUACAAACGAUGCAGAGAGGAGCAACACAGAACCUCAAGAGACUCCGGUAAAACAACCUUCUUCUGCAUCUCCCACUACUUCAGCUACGGAAAAUACCAGUGAUACCAAUAACUCAGCGAACACGAACACUGAGUCUCCCAAUACAAUCAGUAAUGAGGAAUCAACCACCACCACCACCACCACCACAACAACAACAACAACAACAACACUUCCUCCUGAACUCAUAAACAACAAGAAGGGUGAUGCAGACAGCAGCAGCAGUAUCAGCAGUUCUGUGUGGGUGCGUGUACCACUACUGAUUCUAGUUACACUGACCUGUAUUCUUGUGUGCUGA